AUGCUGUCCUCGCAAGCUGUGCUGUCCUCGCAAGUCGUGCUGUCCUUGCAAGCCGUGCUGUCCUCACAAGCUUUGCUGUCCUCGCAAGCUUUGCUGUCCUCGCAAGUUGUGCUGUCCUCGCAAGUUGUGCUGUCCUCUCAAGUUGAGCUGUCCUCUAAAGUUGAGCUGUCCUCUCUAGCUGAGUUGUCCUCUCAGGUUGAGCUUUCCUCUCAGGUUGAGCUGUCCUCCCAAGUUGAGCUGUCCUCGCAAUCUGUGCUGUCCCCGCAAGGUGUGCUGUCCCCGCAAGCUGUGCUGUCCCCACAAGCUGUGCUGACCCCGCAAGCUGUGCCGUCCCCGCAAGCUGUGCCGUCCCCGCAAGCUGUGCUGUCCCCGCCAGCUGUGCUGUCCCCACAAGCUGUGCUGUCCUCGCAAGCUGUGCUGUCCCUGCAAGCUGUGCUGCUCUCGCAAGCUGUGCUGUCCUCGCAAGCUAAAGCCGUGCUGUCCUGGCAAGCUGUGCUGUUCUCGCAAGCUUUGCUGUCCUCGCAAGUUGUGCUGUCCUCGCAAGUUGUGCUUUCCUCUCAAGUAGUGCUGGCCUCUCAAGUUGAGCUGCCCUCUCAAGUUGAGCUGUCAUCUCAAGUUAAGCUGUCCUCUCAGGUUGAGCUGUCUUCUCAAGUUGAGCUGUCCUCUCAAGUUGAGCUGUCCUCUCAAGUUGUGCUGUCCUUUCAAGUUGUGCCGUCCUCUCAAGUUGAGCUGUCCACUCAAGAUGAGCUGUCCUCUCAAGUUGAGCUGUCCUCUCAAGUUGAGCUGUCCUCUCAGGUUGAGGUGUCCUCUCAGGUUGAGAUUUCCUCUCAAGUUGAGCUGUACACUCAAGUUGAGCUGCCCUCUCAAGUUGAGCUGCCCUGUCAAAAUGAGCUGCCCUCUCAAGUUGAGCUGCCCUCUCAAGUUGAGCUGCCCUCUCAAGUUGAGCUGCCCUCUCAAGUUGAGCUGCCCUCUCAAGUUGAGCUGUCCUCUUAA